AUGCUUUUAAAUAGUGUAACACUUUUAGAUGUGGUUAAAAAGAAUAAAGAUAUUGUUCUUUUUAGCAACAAUUUAUUUCAAGUGAAAUUAAUAGAAACUGAAAUUGCUAAAGAAAAAAAUAAAAAUCAACCAAAAAGAUUUUGGCAUCCACUAAUAUUUUAUUUUUAUG